GGUCUGCCCUUGUAGAUAACAGAGUGCAGAAACUUCAUCCGGUUACCCAUUUCCUCUUUUUCUGCAAUAUCGAAUAUUCGGAAGCAUUCAGUUUCCUGCAGUUAGAGCUAUGAUUCACGUUUUGGUUUUACUCGGAUUACUUGGUGCUGUUUUGUGUGACGAAUGCGAUCCGGGUUUCGCAGACACAUGCUUCACAUCAGUCACUGAAGAUCUAAGAUAUAUGUUAGAUUUGAAGAAAAUGACGACUGUCAAUAUCACCAAAGCAGCAGUGCAUGAGUUAUGCUUGGCUUUGGAGGAUUCCUUGAACUGUACAUCCGAUAUUAUUGACAGCGAUUGUACAAAAGAUAACGGAAAGGAAACUUUUGAUUCUUGGUUAAGAGCUCUGAAGGGUGCAUAUAAUUACGUUUGUCAAGGCGAUCACGGCAACAUCAGAGGUAAGAGUAAAACAACAGCAUUAUAA